AUGGCCUUCUCGUCCUCGCCAGCCUUCGCGACACCGCUCCAUCCCAUCCCUCCAACCCAACAGCAACCCCGCCCUCCCCUCCCACAGCCCGCCUUCAAGCCAGCCAUUCCCACCACGCUUCCCAUCCUACUCCCACCGCCGACACUUCGACCACUGGCCUUCCGCACAUUUACGAAGAAGCACAAUCUCACGCUCAAUGCAUCUGCUUUACAAGCGUUCGCCACGUUUAUCGGCCGGCAUUGCGGGGCAGGAUGGCGGGAAGAAGGAACGGGUGAGAAGGUGUUGGAGGAGGCGGCAAAGCUGUGGAAGGCGGAGAAUGGUGGUGUCAUCGUGGAGGAUGGGUCAAGGUUGAAAGGGAUCCUGAAGACGUUAGAGGGUGGGAUGAGCGGCGGGAGGGUAGGCGUGGUAGGCGCAAAAGUGAGUCGCGAGAACAGCUUCGCAUUCGGGCAGAACGAUGGCAAUGGAGAUGUAAUGUCGGUUGAUCGACCAAGCCUGGAUGGCAGGAAUAGCAGCUUCGGCAUCAGCAAGCUUCACGUGGAUGAAGACGGCGAGCAGGAUGAGGCAGCGAGCAAAGACCCGCGAGCUUGGCUGAAAGUGAUAUCCGCCUCCGACCAGCCACGCUUCAGCUACGAUGCCGAUAAGAAACACUUCGUCCAGCUCACGAACAAACCCAGUUUCUUUCCACCACCAUCGCACAAGACGGCCGUCUUCCGCGAACGAUACAACAUCAUUCAUCAACGCCUUCUACGGAAUGAAGCCUUUCAAGCUCCCUCCUUCUCUUCCCGCUCUACCACGCUCAAGAGGACAGAUAGUACGACAACGCAGCAGUUCUACAAGAUCACGCCCAUAGCCAACCUUCUUGGCCGUGGUGGUACCUCCCACUUACUCCUAGGCAUGCUGGUCAUUGCUCCCACCGGCACGCUGGCCCUCAACGAUCCCUCUGGAAGCAUACCUCUGGACUUACAACACGCUCACCCAUUACAAGGCGAAGAUUCGUCGUAUUUCUGUCCAGGCAUGAUCGUGCUCGUGGACGGCGUAUACGAAGAAGACUGGGCGGGAGCCGGAUCCAGUGGUCUCGGCAAUACUGGCGGUGUUGGCGGCACGAUCGGAGGGAGGUUCCUAGGCUUCAGUAUCGGUGGUCCACCCGUCGAGAAGCGCAGUGUGAGUCUGGCGGAAGGGUUUGGAUGGACCGACUUUCUUGGCCUUGGCUCCGAGCGUGCGGUGGGUGGCCGUAUGCGGAAGCUUGAAACUCGAUUGCUUGACACUGAAGCCGAGGGUGCGGUGAGCGAGCAGAGGCGGAAGACAAUCAUCCUCUCCGAGAUCACGCUCGAUCGACCCUUGACCCUUACUGCUUUACGAAAGGUCCUGCAGCACUACUCCACUUGGGACGACCCGCCCAUGACUUUAGUACUAAUGGGUAACUUCUCCUCCCAAGCAGCCAUGGCUGGUGCCGCCAUGGGCUCAAUCGAGUACAAAGAACUGUUCAACGACCUCGCCGCUGUCCUCUCUGACUUCCCUUCCCUACUUCGGCAAAGCACAUGGAUCUUCGUACCUGGCGACAAUGACGCUUGGAGUUCCGCUUUCAGCGCUGGAGCGAGUGCAGCUGUGCCUAGAGAGGGUGUGCCGGACGUCUUCACUAGUCGCGUCAAGCGUGUGUUUGCUACGGCAAAGGCUGAGGCGGGUGCAGGUGCGAAGAAGGACGGGCUCGAUGGCGAGGCGAUCUGGACGAGUAAUCCGACAAGACUGAGUUUGUUUGGGCCCGCGCAUGAGAUGGUUGUGUUUCGGGACGAUGUCACCAGUCGGCUUAGGCGCACUGCUGUGAGUGUUGGACAGGCUGCGAAGAGGAAAGGCAACGGCGAGCCAGAUGCCUCAGCAAGUCAACCACAGCAGGAAAACGACGACGACAACGACGACACGCUCAUGUCAGGUGCCCUGCCCAUGAGAGGAACGACCUUGGGAGACGAAGACACGCAAAUGGCUGAUGACAACCUGGCUACUCCUGUACCUUCUUCCACCACAGAGUACACCACGCAGCAAGCCAAGAAGCUCAUUCUCUCACUCCUGCCGCAAUCGACGCUCUCGCCUUUCCCACUUGCUACACGGCCAGUGUAUUGGGACUACGCACCUUCGGCAUUGAGUCUCUACCCUUUGCCGCAUACGCUUAUACUGGCGGAUGCGGAAGCUGAGCCCUUUGCUCUCACGUUCGAGGGAUGCCAUGUCAUCAACCCAGGCGCGUUAGUCAGUGGAAGUGGAAAGAGAGAGAAAGUGAGGUGGGUGGAGUACGAUUGGUGGCGAAAACGAGGGACUUUGAAGGAAGACUGGGUUGGGUGA